CCGCACAUCUGUGUAGACGUGUUAAUAGGAGAAUGGUCUAAUUAAUUAAUGAUAGCCUCCUUCCACAUUAAUCCAAAGCUUAUACAAUAGCCAAACAUCACACCAACACCUUUCUUAGCCCAUUCUUCCCUUUCACAAAAUACGUACAUACAGUAUUAAGAUGAAAUUUGAUACCUCCAGCCGGAGUCUCGAGGAAACUGAGCUCACACUGGGCUUAUCAAGAAAGCAAAUAUGUGGUAUAAAACGUGGAUUCUCACUGCCCGACGAAGCUAUUGAGUUGAGCCUCGGUACCUUUACUGCAAGAAAUCCUAAUGAUAAAAGCUAUGAAGAUGAAAUCUCCAGUGGAACCAAACAUUCCGCACAGACACAAGUAGUUGGAUGGCCACCAGUGAGAUCACAGAGGAUCAAGGUAGCAAAGAAGUACGUGAAGGUGGCAGUAGAUGGAGCUCCCUACUUGAGAAAAGUUGAUUUGGAAAUGUACACAAGCUAUGACCAGCUGCUAAAUGCUCUGCCAAAACUGUUUACUUGCCUAACUAUUUGUAACUUUCUAAAUGGGAGGAAGCUUAUAGUCCCUACAAUUAAUGGUGUGGAAUUGUUGCCAACUUAUGAAGACAAAGAUGGGGACUGGAUGCUACUUGGAGACGUUCCCUGGAAAAUGUUUGUUGAAUCUUGCAAGAGGCUUAGGUUGAUGAAGAGCUCAGAGGUCACCGGAUUUGCUCAAAGGACAAGCUUAUUACUGUUGAAAUGCUGAUUAAUUAAAGAAGUACUCAUAUUGGCCAGCAUGUACAUAUAUAGGCUCUUAUUUUGCCUUCUUUUACUACUAUUUCUGUAUCUGCACCUAGUUAGGGAACUUUUUCUACUCUUUAUUUUAUGCAUCUCAUUGUAUAGUAGCUAGCUCGCUAGCUAUGCUUUCUUGGGACACUUAUAGAUCGUGUCACAAGAUAAGAUCAUAUAAAAGAUUUUGCGAUGGUAUGGUGUUAUAAGAUAAAGCAUAGAGAUAAGCAUAUCGCGUUUUAAUAAAGGAAUAAUUAUUUCGCAUAA